CCCGCCUCGUCCUCAGAUUCCUUCAACAUUGGCUGUCACCAGCAUUUUUCACCAUGCGUCAGACAACAGGAACUCUUCCAUAGACACUCUUUUCCCUUACCUGCAGGGGAAAGAGCUCUUUGUAACAACGGACAAUGUUGAGCUGGACACAAACUGAGAGACAAAGCUGCCAUCGGUCUUUGACCCACAGAUUGGACAUAUACUUUGGAUCUUUGGAUGUACCCGGGACCUGGUUUUCAGGUGGAUUUGCCAGCCAAGUCACCUUGAUGAGUGAUUGAAACUUGCCGGCGAUGACACCAAGGUGGUUUACAGCCCUACUACUGGGACUGGUCGAGCUAGUCUCAACUGAAGUUUUCUUCACAGAUGAGGGCUGUGUUCGAGCCAUGCUCGGGGAGUCUGCGGUCUUGCCAUGCACUUACAAUAAAAGCACACAGAGGCUUCUCUCCUCCAACAUCUCAGCCCUGUGGACGAGUGAGGAAGAAGGGGAGAUGGUGAAGAAGAUGUGGAGGCUAGGGGAGGAGGAGAUGCUGAAUAGGACUGACCACGCCAGGGCCAGGAUGCCUUCCCUGGGGCCCCAGACUGGGGACUUCUCCAUGACCCUGGCUGGCAUUGUCACAACCGACACAAAAAGCUACAGCCUCCACAUCUCCUUCGAUGGCGGGGAGAGGAGCUCAGUGCUGUGUACUGUGUGUCUCAGAGUGGGCGCCCAUUUCAGCUUCCCGUCCGUACAAAGAGGAGAGGUGGACUCGAAGGGCAAGACCCACUUUGAAUGCCACAGCAGAGGGGGCUAUCCUCAACCUACUCUCCACUGGCUCCUGAACGCCACAGACGUGCCCCCUGAGGGCUCGGUCCAGACCUACACACAGCCACUUCAAGACUCAGAGCUCUUCAACAUAACCAGCAUACUGACUGUCAACAUUGCCACUGACGUCCCGGUGGCGUGCGCUAUUGAGAAUCAUGUUCUCAACGAGACCUUUAGCACAACAGAUUGGCCGGAGGAGGUCCAGGUGAGCCCGGUGGUGGCACGGGCCUCGGAGGCCAUGUGGGUCUUCAGCACCGUCCUCUUCGUCCUCGUGGGCCUCAUGGUCGCCGCAGUCAUCAUUUUCCAGACCAAAUGGAACGGCAGCAGAAGCAGACGACAUCAUGUACACACAGAUGACUCAGACAGCGAAGACACAGAUAUCAUCACGGUAGACAUGAGGAACUUGGACACUCUGGCUGAAACAGAUGUUUGAUGACAGAAGAGGUCUCUUCAUUGGAUGGAAAGUAGCCCACUGUAUGUGUGCUAACGGUCGUCCAGGGAUGGAUGUGAAAUGGACGGGUGUCAUGUAGGAGUGGAGAUGGCUAAAGCACUUGAACUGCUUUUAGUACCCUGAAAAUGAGUCCAGGAUUAUGAGAGCAUGGAAACCUACCGUCACCACAAAGUGAGAUCUCAGUCAGGCGUUUUCCAACUGGCUGUGCAGCUGUCGCACUGACAAUGGAAACCCUACCUGACAAGAAACUCUAUAUGGUCCCUGAAACAGGGUUUACCAGCUAAGAGGAUUAUAUUUAUUUGAUCUGAAACGAUACAAUGUCACUGCACUGACCUAACUUGGGUUUGCUUGGCAGACUUGUAGCUAUACAUUUGGGACAUCAUAAAAGAAAACUAUUACAUAAUAUUAAUAGCUAUGGUCAAGUACAGUAGUGCAACAAGUGUCAGUGUGUGGCUCUUGACAUCAUUCUAGAUUAGCAAUCCAGCCACGCACGCACGCACACGCACACACACACGCAAACGCACACACACACUGCACUACUACAUUAUGGUCCUCCUGGAAGUUGGACUUUCAAAGAUGCAUGGUACAGCAUAUAGACUCCUAGUUCAACAACAGGCUUCAAGACUCUGAAGGCCUUUUGAGGUGAAAUUUUGAUGACUAUACAAAAUGCUCUCUGCCUGCCCACAAACAACCCCUAGGGGAGAGUUACCGGUACACGAGGCAGGAAUGAUGUCUGGCUUGCCCAGCAGGUGAAGUGAGUGCUCUGGGUCUAGGCAGCUAAGCAGGGAGGAGCUCCAGAGACAUUCCACAGGGUUCCUCCAUAUGAAGCUACAUAGAAGAGACAAAAGCACUGAGGCGUUGUGCCACCGUUACAGCUGCUGUACCCCACCCACCUGACUUGCCCUGCGCAUUCACGAGUGAACUAUGCCACUCCUCCGUAACUGGACGCUCCAUGGACUAUGUAUUGAACAGGAACACUUCUAAGGAAGCACAACAGGUCAUUGCACAAGUCAAUGUCGCUCCUCCAGAUGUAUGCCUCUGGCCCUGGUGACUGGAAGGUUAUCUCAUGCCAUCUCAAUAGGCAACAUUCAAUAUAUCUUGCAAAAACAUAUUGUACAUGUAAUUCAGAGGGGGGAGGGUCAAAAAGGCAUCCAGUGCUACUUGAUUGCACGUACACAUUAUUGUUUUUACCACAGAAGGAGGGAAGGCACAGAGACACAAGGCAGGACGUCAGAGGAAAUUAUUGGAGGGGCGAUGUUGACUUGUACGGAAGGACAUUGUUGCAAGGAAGGACUUAGUUGUUUGUGUAUUGACCCAUCCCACCCACGUGACUUUCACAAAGAAAAAAUAGGAAAAUGAAGUCAAGUGAAAAACACAGGAUCACAAUACAUGUACAUAAUCACAAAUUCACACUUUACUGAAAUUCAUGACCGUGGCAAAGUCACAUCCCUUUGAAGGGUAACAGACAGAGAAACAUUUCAAGACUUAAGUGUGACUUACUCUGUCACAGUUCAUGGUUCAUGUCCUAAGGGUCUUUCUAACCAGAAUUUAAAAAAAACGAUUUUAUUAUGUGAAAGCUGUUACUGCCAUCGACUAACACUAAAUUGCCUCUUCUUUCUUGAUACAAGCCCAGAACACUGCUAUUCACUGUUUUAAUUCAAAACAAUGUGCAUUAUUUUCUCAUCAUUAAAGGCACCGUUUUCCAUUUAAUUAAAAAUGCAUCGUGUCUUGA